GAAGGCACAGUUUGAGUCCAUUCGUCUUCAGUUCUAUAGCCAUCGCAAACAGCGAGCGAGUGUGCAGAGUGUGAGUUCGGCCUCGUGCAAUUGUGAUCUGUUUUCUUCGUGAAACAGAUUUACUAAGAAACGCUCUAGCGCAACGCAACCCAACCCGGCCUCAUUCUGCCAAACCCUGCAACGAUGCAGCUGUUCAAGUGUUUACUGGUGAUCGGGUGUUUAGCGACAGUGUCCGUCGCCCACAGUGCCUCCGCCACGCUGCCGGUCAGCUCGAACUCGAUCGAUGACAGCAACGGACCGCAGCAGCAGACGCCCCGUGCCGGCUCGUACCUGGGCGAGAUCAAGUACCUGUACAAGACGUACCAGGACUGUGCCAGCGCCGAUGUCUCCACCUGCCUGAAGAUGAAGCUGUUCACCAUCCUGGACCGCGUGGCGCGCUCGACCAAGGACUUCAAGCUGAGCGAGGGCGUGCGAUUCGUCCGCGAUCAGGAAUCGGCCGCUGACGCUACCCCGCUCAAGACCGAGGCCCAGCUCGAGGCUGAGCUGCCCCGUUCGCUCGACGAGAAGGAACGCUCGCUCAACUCCAUGCUCUUCGACAAGGUUCUGUCCUUCUUCCAGUCUCACACGCUGCAGGUCAAGUUCCCGUCCAGCGAGGAAAUCAAGCGCUCCAUGGAUGAGGUCCGCGGAGGAGGCGGUGGCUUCGGAGGUGCCGGAGGCGGUGGCUUCGGAGGCGGCAAGGACAAGGACAAGAAGAACGGCCACUGGAUCAUGAUCCCGCUCCUGCUCGGCAGCACUCUCGUCCCGCUCGCCUUCGGUGCCCUCGCCCUGCUCGCCGGUAAGGCUCUGAUCGUGUCCAAGCUCGCCCUCGCCCUCGCCUCGAUCAUUGGCAUCAAGAAGCUGAUCUCGAGCGGCAGCGGACACCACGAAUCGGCCCAUGAGGUCGUCGUCUCCGGUGGACACGGUGGCGGCUGGGGACGUAUCGGAUCUGGCCAGGGUCUUGCCUACAAUGGCUACGGACACUACGCCCAGUAAGCGCAGUAUACCUUGAUCCCCCCAUCCCAGCCAACUCCCAUGUCCCCAAAAACCCACCAAAACAACCAGUCGCGGGCUGCUCGUUGUCAGCCGGUGCCACUGGUGGGAGUCCGGUUAGAAACAAACGGUUAGAAGCAAGUGCAACCUGGGUCCUUCGGCAUCUCGACAGCGCCCACGAACAUCCUCAGCCAAAUCACCCCAUUAAUCUCACCCUCAGUGGAUCGGCGCUCGGAUCGGUGUAAUGCAGAAGGAACCAGCCCUGUUCCAUUCGACCCGCUUUCAAACCCGCUCCUCCACCCGCAACGGCCCCAGCGCAGCAAGCACCGAACUCGCACUCAAUACCGACUGACGAACUGAUACCCCGCCGGUAGGGCAUCGUUCUAUCACGCCGCGUCAUAUGGAAUUUGCAUGCAAAACGUCGUCUACAAAAACCGCGAAGCGAACAUUACACACAGCCAAAAAAUGGUUCCUGCUGAACCCUCACUCACACAAUCAUUCCCCAAUCUCUCUCACACAUCUCGUAAUCCCCCAAUAACCAGACAGGGGGCCCACCGUUCCCCGAUCGGAACAUAUCGAUGGGCACACCAGCUUUAGCUCUUAGCGGUCGAGGCGGCUCCCGUUUUUGCCGGAGCGCGGCCCACCGCACAGCAGUUUAUUUAUUUAACUUAAUUUAAUUUAUUGUACUGCUCCCUCAACAGAACUGAUAAUUUAUGUGUUUUAGUUUUUUUGUUUUGUUUUGUACGAGUUAUGAUUUCGUGUUCGUUAUUUUUUGUACGAUACGUCCUAUUUUUGUGUAAAAAAUGCAGUCAAAUAAAACUUAAAUGAAGAAGUA